AUGACUGAUACUGUAUUCCGUAACUUUGUAGCAGUUUUACUUGCUGCUGAAGUAAACGGUGCCGCCGAAGCCAAUGUUGCCGCCGAACACGAAAUCGCAGCCCAUCCGAACCGCCGCUAUGAAGUCCACUCAAUCGUCAGUUACCGGUUGGAUCACGAGACCUUUGGCGUAGACUUUGGAAUUUUAUGGGCUAAUGAACAGAUCAUCACUGAAGACAAGGCCUUUUGGCAGCCCUGCAUUCCACCAAUGAUCUUCAAGUACUGGGAUGGUCUCGGUGGGCGCCGCGAGGCCACCGUGUUCGAACUUUUCUAUCCGUCCAAAUUCCACAAGCACCGCUACGUUAAUGAGAAGUGCGAAUACCUGGUUCAGUGGGUCGGCUACCGGGAAAACGGUUGUAUCUGGGAGCCUGCGGAGAAGAUUGCAGACAUUGCCUCUGAGGUCAAGGAUAAAUAUAAUCGGAUCAAACGUCUGAAGUACUGA